AUGGCGACCUCUGUGGCUACCAAAAAGUUCCGAUUUCUUACCGCUGAACAAGUUAUACGCCUCUACAAGACGUCAAUUGCCAAUAUAGGGCCGACCCAACCGGCUAUGUUGGAAUCAGCAGUCGCAUCUCCAAUGAAUGUCAAACACUAUACGCAGCAGGAAAAUAUCUUUCAGCUAGCUGCCAAUCUAUCCGAGAAGAUUAUGAAGAAUCACGCUUUUAUGGACGGCAACAAAAGAGCUGCUCUCCUAGCAGCCGACAUGUUCUUGAGGGUCAACGGUUAUAAGCUGCAGGAUAUUCCAAUGGCUCAUGAUAGUGUCAAUCAAGGCAUCGCAAACGCUCACGUUGCGGUUACAACCAAUCAAUGGACCAGCGAACAGCUGGGCAGCUAUUACGAGAGUGUUGCGACUCCCAUAGCAAGCUGGACUCAAGAUAUUUUGGCAUGGCGGGAUGAGACAAUCGAGUAUUAA